AUGUAAUCUAUUGAUAAUUAAUUAAAUUAAGAAGGAUUCGAUGGUAAAUUCAAAUAACCAACCAUAGCUGAAAUUCAUUAUAAAGCAUUGUAAAAUAUUGUUUUAUUAUUUUAGAAUGUAUGAAUAAUUGAUAUAAAAUAAGUUACAAUUAAAUUUUCCUCAUUUUAAUAAUAGUUUAGUAGAAAUGUAUUGCCCAAUUUCUAAUCAUAAUCAUAAGAAGAUUUCUCAUGUUUGUUUGAAUUAGUUUUGUAGUAAUUUUCGAUUAAAUUGUUUUGAUUGCUCUUAAGAUGGUAAUCAUUGUGCACAUCACAAAGAUUAAAAAGAAAUUAUUGAAUUAAAGAAUUUUAUAGAAACUAAGGCCUUAGAGUAUUAAGAUACUGUUAAAAAAAUAAACAAUCUACAAAAUUAAUUAAUUUAAAUGUUUGAUGAGGUUAAAUUGAAUAUUCAAUAACAAUAUGACAUCUCAUUUAAUAUGUUAAAUUAAAUGGAUAUUUUUUAAAUAAAUGAUACUCUAUAAAAUCUAAUAUAAUUUAAUACACAUCUAGAUCCUUCUUACGAAAUAAUUAGUAAUAAUACUUAACACUUAGUAAAUUCAUUGAAUGAAUUUAUACAAGCAAUCUAAGAAAAUUAAAAAAGUAAUACUACGUGUUUUUAAGAAAAAAUAAUGAAGAAUAAUAAAUUAAAUGAUCUUCAAAACCACUCAGAUUAAAGUAAUCAAUUUGGCGAUUAUAAUUAAGAAAAGUCAAAUAAUUUUAUAAAAGAUUAUGUGAAUAUUGCUAAGAUUAAUUAAUCCCCUUAAUUUUCGAAUGGUUAAUAUAUAUCAAAUGAAUAAUAUUCAAACAAUCUUAACAAUUAAUAAUAAUUGUAAAAUAAGUUAAUAGAAUUUCUAAAAAAAUUUGAACUUCCAAUAAAUAAUAAUACUCACCCUACUAUUCAGAAUAUCCUUAAUUCUAUAAAUAACAAUUACGAAAAGUUAAAAGAAGAUAUCAAGAAAUUGAAAUUGUCAUACAAUCCCAAUAGUAAAUUUAAAACAUAUGCAGAUUAUGCAAUAAGACAACUUCCCUCUGGAAAUUUAAGAGAAUAAUUUAGAUUACACUAGAUAUUUCAUCUAUUUUAUAGUUAUUUGGAUGCAGAAAAGAAAAAUGGUAGGAUAAUUAAUAUUUUUGAAUACCUCGCUUAUGUCAAAAUUUCUUAAUAAAAUGACUUUGGGAAUUUUCUUAUCUAUUUUGAACAAUAAAAAUGUAUACUAUAGAAACAGCCACAUUUUGUAAAUUAAUAAAACAGUUAAAAUCUAAAUAAUUAACUUUAUUGGUAGGAUGAUUAUUAUUAUGAGCUAUUUAAAAAUUUUUCAAAUAUAUAUGGGUAUCAAAUAAUAUGA